AUGACUGCUGACGUGAAUUCCGCAGCCGCAGCGUGCCCUCACCCUCCACUCAGGACAUCGGCCAAAGCUAACAAAAGCUCAGGUGACAACGUUAAGAUCGAUGAAAGUAAAAGACAAGAUAAAAGCUGUUCCGUGGAUCCUACAAAGAACAACAGCCAUGAUGCAUCUGAGUGCCCUAUAGAUGGAAACUCUGGCCUUACCGCCGAAUUGCUGCGCGUAGCCAAUCACGCUGCAGGAUUCUCAGUGUACGGAUCUAAUUCUAAUCUUCCAUGCCUAUCGAAGUCGCGAGUCGUAUCAUCGAUACCUAAGGGCGAAUUGACACCGGAGCAUCAGACGGGUAACGAAGACAAAUGGGAGUAUCCAAGCGAAGACAUGUACUUUAAGGCCAUGAAGCGAAAGGGAUGGGCUCCCAAAGCAGAGCAAAUGAAAACGAUUGUAGCUAUUCAUAAUACGGUCAAUGAGCAGAGUUGGCGAGAAGUGCUUAAGUGGGAAAGCUUUCAUCCGGCUAAGGAACCGGUAAAGCUAAAGAAGUUUUUAGGCAAGCCGACUGAAUACAGUCCCAAGGCCAAAUUGAUGAAUUUGCUGGGCUGGUCGGUGCUGCCUUUUGACCGCCAUGAUUGGAUUGUGGAUCGAGACGGCAAGGAAGUACGCUAUGUGAUCGACUUUUACUCUGGAGCUUCUACGCCUGGAAAGCCACUGUCGGUAUAUUUGGAUGUACGUCCCGCGUUAGACUCGGUAGAGAGUGUUUUGGACCGAUUACGGUGGCAGUUUUUUGAAAAAAUUGCACCGCUUCUGCCAUUUCAUGGUGGGAUAUAUGGCGUCAAGCCACAAGCACCCACACGGUCUGAGACGGAAGACCGAGGAGGUCACUCCAAAAUCUUUCCAAAAAAAUAA